UACCUGCGGAGCCCGCCGCGCUUGACCUCACAAAAGACCCUCCCGGCCCGCGAGGCUGCUCUUCCCCAGCGGGGCCAGACGGCGCGCGCGCGGCCCCGAUGCCCCCCUUUCCGCCGGCGGCCAUGGAGGGGACCCCCAGCUCGCUGGAAACCCUGCUGUGGGUCUACCACUUCCACAGCUCCACGGAGGUGAGGCUCCGCCGGCGGCCCCGCCCGGGGCGGGCACCCCUGGGAGCUCCGCCCGGUGACCCGCCGGCGCCGCCGCCCCCGCUCCUUGCCCAGGUGGCCCUGCAGCCCCCGCUCCUGUCCUCCCUGGAACUCGCCGUGGCCGCAGCCCACGAGUAUCUGGAGCAGAGUUUCCGGGAGCUCGAGUCCCGCCAGCCGCGGGAGCCGCAGGGGCCACCCGCCCCGAAGCCCACUCUGGGGCUGGUGCUGAGAGAGGCCGCGGCCAGCGUCGUGAGCUUCGGCGCCACCUUGUUCGAGAUCUCAGCCCUGUGGCUCCAGCAGGAAGUGCGGCGACUGGACGGCGACGCCGGAAGCCCGGGCCCGGCCCCAGGCGCCGGGGACCCAGGCGGAGCGCUGGCCCGGGUAGCCCAGGCGGCGGGGAAGGGGGCUCGGAGAGCCGGGGCUGCGGCGGGCGCAGGGGCCCGUCUGGCGCUGCAGGGGGCGUGGCUGUGCCUGUGCGGGCGGGGCCUGCAGGGCUCCGCCUCCCUCCUGCCGCCGUGGGGGCGCCCGCUGGGUCUCGGGGCGGCCGGGGGACCGGUGAGUUCAGAACGGGGAAGGAGGCGGGGAGGAGCUGGGGGCCGGGGGCGGCGGGGCUGGUGGGGGGCACUGAGCCGGCCUGCCCCCGGCAGAAAUACUCAGGGGACCUCAAGGUGGCAUCCAGCAGCAGAGCGGAGGACGGGGGACCCGAGAACCCGCCACCGCCCCAGCUCCGCCCCACGCUCGAAUAAAGCCCAGGCGGGCCCCGACGGCCGAGCGGCUCCCCGUGUCUCGCGGCCGUAGCCCCGCCCCAGCCUC